AUGGCCGGUACAGACGCAAAUUCUGCCUCUAAAGAGUCAGUGUCAGUGGACCCUUUUUCCAAAGAUUCGCAAUCGUUACAGCAGUUGCAACAGGAGCUGAAACCAGAAAAGCUUCCACAAUCACAGCCACAGAAGGGAACUGGUUUCGGUUUCUUCAAGGGGUCCGGAUUCGGUGCUGCCGUUUCCAAUCAGGUUCCCCCUAGAAAUUUCAAUACCAACAGAAGAACCAGCGUGUCAGCAGAGGCAAUGAAUCCGGACAGUUUUAAAGAUAAUUGGAAGCCACCUAUGCACCAGUUGACUCAUGAACAAUUGCAGCGGUUGAACGAUUCUGCCGUGAAGAACUUUUUGUUUGGCCAGUUAGAUAAGGAAUCCCUACAAAUUGUUAUAUUUGCCUUAGAGGAGAAACGCAUCCCCAAGAACACGGAGAUAAUCAAGCAAGGUGAUCAAGGAGACUACUUCUAUCUUGUCGAAAGGGGUGCAGUGAGUUACUACGUGGACGGUAAAAAAGUAAAUACAUCAGCAGAUGGAUCAUCGUUUGGAGAGUUAGCCUUGAUGUACAACUCGCCUCGUGCUGCCACGGUGAUAGCUGAUACAGAGUGCAUACUUUGGGCAUUGGAUAGAAUGACAUUCAGAAGAAUCCUUUUGGACCGUACUUCGAAAAAGAGAAGCAUGUAUGACAGGUUUUUACGUGACGUUCCUCUUUUAAAGUCGCUCUCUUCAUACGAGAGAUCCAAAUUGGCCGAUGCCUUGAAUACAGAGAGCUAUGAGACGGACCAGAACGUGGUUACUCAAGGAGAAGAUGGCGAGAACUUCUACUUCAUCGAGGACGGUACCGCUGAUGUUAUAAAAGAUGGCUCAAUUGUUCAGAAGUUGACCAAGGGCCACUAUUUUGGAGAGUUAGCGUUGCUCUACGAUUUGCCUAGACAAGCUACCGUCAAGGCUACAUCUCCACUCAAAGUAGUGACUUUAGGAAAGAGUGGAUUUCAAAGAUUGUUGGGUCCUGCUGUGGAAGUGUUGAAACUUCAAGACCCAACGAAGGGAGAUCAGGAGAAGGCCAAUUGA